UAUUAUUCCCAUUCUCACUACUGUAAAAUAUUUUUUUAACCGUUUCACCCGUUUAAUUUCAUUUUUUGUAACAUAAUUUUGAAAUAAAUUUUUAUUUUUAUUCUUUAACUAAAAAUUUUAUUGUACAAUUAAUUAAUUGAUUGAAUGAUUUAAUUAUUAUUUUUGGUUAAAAAUGACUGGAACUCGUCUUCGCUCACCUGUUGUGGGCUCUAUAAUUUUAGGCGUGGCCUGUGUCGGCUGUAUCGCAUAUUAUCUUUACAGGCGUUCCCGUAAGAGGUUUUUUGACGCUAAAACGCUAAUCAAGUCACAAAUUGACCUUUACACGCCUGAGGAAGUUCACGAAGAGGAACCCCUAGAAACCUCCGAUUUCUCCGAUUUCGUCAUCGUACAAUCUUCCGAGGAAUUCGAUCACGAUGACGAAUUGAUGGAUGUGAAUUAUGAGGAGAUUGAGUUUAUUGAGGACAGGGCAUCGGACACUCACAAGGUAUUUAGGGUUUUUAACCCUAACAAGAGACUUGGAAACACCAGAACCUCCAACACCAAUAGCACCGUCUCCACUCUCAAUCACAGAAAUACUAAAGAUAAAUCACACUAUCCCAAUGGUGACAACUCCUACCGUAGGGAUACUUCCACUCUUACCAAUUUGGAUAAGUCCUAUGGUAAGGAUGUGUAUAGGGAUACCUAUGGUAAGGAUAAUGCCUAUAGGGAUACCUAUGGUAAGGAUAAUGCCUAUAGGGACACUUCCUAUAAGGACAGAUCUUAUAAUAGUAGUCGAGGUGACAGAACGCCUGUGCGUGGUAAACGCGAUAAUCUCCCGAGGCUGAAUGAUUAUAGUGAUUUUGAUCGGUUGGGGAUUAAUGAUGAGUGGACGGUGUUGGACAAUUACACUAACAUUGACGGCUCAUGUGAACAGUACACCUACGUCGAAAAAACGAGGAAGUGGACCUUCAAAAAAGCCAACCUCUUUCAUUAA